AUGAGGGGACAUCGAAACAAUGAGCUGCCAGAAGACUUCUGGAUACCUGUUCCACUGGACACUAACAACAUCACAUCACUUAGUCCAUUCCUUGUUCCUCAGGACCAUCUGGGGAAUACAGCCACCUUUUAUGGCUUGGCUGCAUUCAUGCUCUUUCUUUUUGUGGUGGGAACGGGCAUUAAUGUCCUCACUAUUGCUUGCACCAUCCAAUACAAGAAGCUCAGGUCCCACCUGAAUUACAUCCUUGUGAACUUGGCAGUGUCAAACCUUCUUGUGUCAUGUGUGGGCUCUUCCACCGCAUUCUGCUGUUUUGCAUCAAGGUAUUUCAUUCUUGGACCAUUGGCAUGCAAGAUUGAAGGUUUCAUGGUGACGCUUGGUGGUAUGGUGAGCCUCUGGUCUCUUGCUGUGAUUGCCUUCGAACGAUGGCUGGUCAUUUGCAAGCCUCUUGGAAACUUUGUUUUUAAACCGGACCAUGCCAUUGCUUGCUGCGUAUUCACAUGGGUGUUUGCAAUAAUUGCCUCAGCCCCACCGCUUUUCGGAUGGAGUAGAUAUAUUCCAGAGGGCCUGCAGUGCUCCUGUGGCCCAGAUUGGUACACCACAAAUAAUAAAUACAACAAUGAAUCCUAUGUGAUGUUUCUCUUUGGCUUCUGCUUUGCUGUUCCCCUUGGCACUAUUAUCUUCUGCUAUGGUCAGCUGCUCAUUACAAUGAAAAUGGCAGCAAGAGCCCAGGCUGAGUCUGCCUCCACUCAGAAAGCAGAGAAGGAAGUGACCAGGAUGGUAGUCAUCAUGGUGAUGGGCUUCCUUGUAUGCUGGCUACCCUAUGCAUCCUUUGCCCUUUGGGUUGUCUUUAACCGUGGGCAGACCUUUGACCUGCGAAUGGCCACCAUACCUUCUUGCUUUUCAAAGAGCUCAGCAGUCUACAACCCAAUCAUCUAUGUUGUCUUCAACAAACAGUUCCGGUCAUGCAUGAUGCAGAUGAUGGGAAUGGGUACUGGUGAAGAAGAGACAUCAUCAUCAACAACAUCAGUGACCGAAGUCUCCAAAGUCGGGCCUGCUUAG